AUGCCAACAGCUAACCAAGGACAACAACAAAACAUCUCCAUCCUCGGCGUCCAAAUCGACAGGACAAUCUUCAAGAUCUGGCUCACAACACUGCUUCUGGGUCUCGUCGCUCUGCGGUUCUUCGGCGGGUACAUCGCCGAUACGGUACUGGCCUGGUUCAACAUACACGAUGAUGCGUACGCACGCGGCGUCGUGCAAUGCGGAAUGCCGACCCAUUUUCUGUAUUAUCUUUCGGCUCCCCUGGUGUACAUUGUGUACCAACGGAUCCGCCAGGAAGGGACUACUCGCGAGGCGCGAUUGCCUCGAUGGAAGGCGAGGGGAGGAUAUCUCCAGGGGUGA